AGAGGAGGGUAUCCUCGGCAGCAUCCUCCUGCCUAGCUUUCGCAUAUCUAUGCUGUCUGUCGACGACCACAUCAACAGGAAAUAUGCCUUCAAGGUCAGUACUUGUUUUCAUUCUGUUGUCAAAUUGUCGUUUGGCCACAGUGGUUGAUUCUUUCUAUUUGGCGUCUGAGAUUCCAGAGUUAAGGGGAAACGAGUGAGAGAUUCAUUAGGUGAACAAUUCAAGUUUGUUUGAUAUAUAAAAAAAAGAAACGUGAACAAGAAGAAAAGAGUGAGUUUAGUCAAGGAUUAAGAGGGAAGAGAAAAUGCUGUUUUUUUCUGGCGUGUGCUGCCACUACUAAGCAUUGUUAGUAAGCUAAGUUUAGUCUUGGUCAAAGAGAGGAAAAAUAAGGCUGUUUUAUCUGGCAUCUGCUGCUACUGCUAUAGAGUAUUGGUAGUAAGCAGCAGGAGCCGCCUUCAGCUCUAGAGCCUCAGAGUCCAGUGGCAGCCAGUCCUAUUUAAUUUUAUGGCAUCUCUCUCAGUGCUGUGGCUUUGGAAAGGAACCCGACCAGAGAGAAAGCCACAGCACCGAGAGAGAGACGAGGGUUCGGCUAAGCCCUGCCAAACAGCACAGCCACACAGACGCCCAGGAGUCUUCCCAAGUUCUCUCUAACCAACCACACACAUACUCAGUUUCCAUCUCCUCAGAGAGAGAAGGAUGGAGGAAGGGAAAUGAAGGGGGAGGAGGAGCUGUGCAUGACCCCUGUAGUUCUUAGGAAUAAUAAUAAUAAUGGCAAUAUUUUACAUAACUCAAAGGAAAUGGAAUGACGCUAGGAGUCUUCCCAAGUUCUCUCUAACCAACCACACACAUACUCAGUUUCCAUCUCCUCAGAGAGAGAAGGAUGGAGGGAGACAGAUCAUGGAGGAAGGGAAAUGAAGGGGGAGGAGGAAGAAAACAGAGCUGUGCAUGACCCCUGUAGUUCUUAGGAAUAAUAAUAGCAAUAUUUUACAUAACUCAAAGGAAAUGGAAUGACGCUAACUCAACAUUAUGCCAAUCAUUUUAAACUCUCCAUAUUCCUGUCUCUUGUGGCAAACAUGGCAGUUUCAUAAGCCCCUUAUUUCUCACUGACUGUUGUUACAAAUACAUUUUUGGAUGACACAGGAAUUAGUCUUCAGUCCCUGGUCAACAGAAUAUUGGUAUUACUCAGUGUGUUCUUGUCUUGUCUGUCUUUCUCUCUCUGCUGUCUCCUUCGUCCGUGCACACACUAACAAUGCCUUUGUUUGUCUACUGCGAGCGGAUCUUGAGUGAGGGGAAUCAGCAGCCUGUUUACCAGUCCAAGUGUUGCAUGGUCUCUUCUCUUCGACUCUGAUCCGGCAGGCGACACAUCCCAACAUGCGCACGUACUACUUUUGCACAGACGCAGCCAAAGACAUGGAGUCGUGGAUGAAGGUGAUGACAGACGCUGCCCUGGUGCACUCAGAGCCUAUCAAGAGCAGGUUACUAAAAGUAGAACAGUGCCGUCCUCAGGACUUCAGUAACCACAUUACCCAGAACCACCGACCAGUCCUAACCCGACCAGUGAUCCAGAACAACGAGCGGAACCAAGCUGAGGCUGAGCGGGAACGGGAACUUUACACCGUUGCCGCCAUAACCACGGUAACCUCCACCGAGGAGAAGGGGAACAGGAAGCAGUGUGACGCGGAGCGCUACGGUUUCCAGAAAGAAGGGGCAGAGAGAGACCGUCCGCUUACUAAGAUCAACAGCAUCAAACUACAGCCGGACCAGGCAGCAGCUGUUGCUGCGAACAUCCGAGAUGGAUCCCCACGACAGCCAGACACACCAGACGGGCUCGACAGAUACCCACAGGUGAACGGGUCCGGGGACCAGAGCUCAGGGGAGAUGAUGGCCCACCCCGAACCCCACCAGACUCCCUCCAUCCUGGGUAGCAUGACUCCUACCCCCCAGUACCCCCAGCAAGAGCCUGAGCCCAGGGCCCUGACCAGGACCAGCUCCAUGCAGCAGCUGGAACAGUGGGUCCGCACACAGAGAGUACGCAACCAGGACGACGACACUAGAAGUAUCAUGUCGUACCAGACCCUGCCUAGGAACAUGCCCAGCCACCGGGCACCUCCAGUCAUGCCCCACUGCGGGGACCCUGGCUACCGUACCUUACCCAGGAACAGCAUGGUGCGGCCGGACAGUAUCUCCAGCAUGUCCCCUACCAUAUACGACCAGGCCCUAGGCAUGGGGCUGGGCCUGGGGAUUUCGCCUGCAGACAAGAGGCGCUCCAUGAGGGACGACACCAUGUGGCAGCUGUACGAGUGGCAGCAGAGAAUGGGCUACACUCCCAGCCCCAGGCCAACGUCAUCCAGGCCCGGGCCGUAUGGGACCCUGCCCAGCCCCAAGACCAUGAUCAACUUGUCUGAGCACCAGGGUGACAGUCAACAAUCCAUCCCCCCCUCGCCUUCCCACGGCUCCUUGUCCAUGUACGGGGGCUACUCGCCCCUCCGCUCCUCCUACAACCACAGCUCCACUAGGUCAGAAGUGGGCUUGCCUGUAUACCAGGGGGAUAUCACUAUAGACAGGAGACACAGCAGGACAUCCCACCUCAAUAAGUAUGCCUACCCACCUGACAGGAGGCCAAUGCCAGCUGGGAUCCCUGUCCAGAACAUCACUGCCCAAUCUCUGCAAGGCAAAACAAUGAGCCCAGAGGAAUACAAGGAACACUCCUGCAUGUGCAGGCCGGAGGAAGUCGACAUUGAUGCCAAGCUGAGCAGGUUGUGGAAACAGGACAAGGUUGUCCGGACGCAGGAAGACAAGCUACAGCAGCUACACAGAGAGAAGCGUACCCUGGAGAUGGCCCUGCUGUCGGCCAGUCAGGAGAUAGAGAUGAGCUUUGAAAACCCAGCCACUGUACACGGUGUCAUCCAGCAGAGUGAAGUGCUACAGAGUGGCCUGCUUAGUACCUGUAGAGAGCUAUUCAGAGUUAACACUGAGUUGGAGCGGUCAUGGAGGAAGUAUGAGAAGACGGAGAGAGACGUCUCAUUGGCCAAAAACAACCUGUUGGAGCAACUAGAGGCACUGGGAAGCCCUCAGACGGAGCCCCCCAGCCAGCAGCAUGUCCACAUCCAGAAGGAGCUUUGGAGGAUCCAGGACGUGAUGGAAGCCCUCAGCAAGAACAAGGCCCAGAGGAGCUCAGACACACAGGGAUACUAUGGUUCCACGCCCAUCUCCAACAAACACAAGAGUGAAGAGGAGGAGUUGGAAGUGGAGAACCUCUCAGCUCCCCCGUGGCCACCCUUACCCCAGGCCUACGAGCCGAACCAGCCCAACCUCCCUGCUUUACCCCCCCUGCCCUCUCCGGUUACCACCAUCUGGCGACCGCCACAGCCACCACAUCGGGGUCCCGAGGAUAGGGACCGGAAAGCCGGCCAAAGGAACGGAACACACAGCGGUCCUGACUACAGGCUGUAUAAGAGUGAACCAGAGCUCACCACUGUAGCUGAGGUGGAUGAGACCAACGGAGAGGACAGAUCUGAACAGUCUGACAGAGACCCCUCUGACACCAAAGGAUUGUCAUACCCCGUUGGCAUCGUUCCCCCCAGAACCAAAUCUCCCGUUGGCAUCGUUCCCCCCAGAACCAAAUCUCCAAUAAUACCAGAGUCUUCCACCAUCGUGUCCUGCGUCACCCAGAGGAAGGGCAUGAGGCCAGACCCACGCAUGGAGCGUCCCCGCAGUGCAGUAGACCAGCUGUGUGGUGGGCCUGUGGAGAAGGAGAGUGGCAGGCCCAGGAUGAGUGUAGAGGAGCAGCUGGAGAGAAUCAGGAAACACCAACAGGGGGCGCUAAGAGAGAAGAAGAAGGGGCAGCUAGGCCUGCAGGACAACACACACAGCCAUCCACACAGUCACAGUAACACACCAACACCCUCACGAAGCACCUCGUUCACCAAAGAGAACCCCUUCCAUAGCCUGCAGAACCGUCGUCAGCGUGACGAGGUGAUGAGCAGUGACAUCCUGGAGCUGGAGGCGUCACUCAGAGAACAGGAAGUGUUCAGAGAACAGGAGACACCUGCCGAGGAAAUAGCACGCCUCAAAGAGGCCUCGUACACUGACCACUACAACAUGGACAGAGAGUUGUCAGUCCCUGAGAAGGUGUUGAUUCCAGAGCGUUAUGUAGAGUCAGAUCCAGAGGAGGCUCUCAGCCCAGAGCAGGAGGCUGACAAACAGAAGAAGGUGGACCGUAUUAAAGCCCUCAUCGCCAAAAACAGUAUGCAGAAUGUUCUCUCACCUCCCAGUGGGGUGCUGAGCCCAGAGGAGGAGGCUGAGGAGGAGGCUACAGCUCAAGAGCAGGAGAAGAUGAUCAACAUCUCCUAUGAACUGGCUGCUGAGGCUUCCAAACGGAGCAAGCUAGUCGCAGUGCGCAGCUUGUCCUCCUCACCUCUUCCUGAGCCCCAACCUUCCUCGUCUCCACCUCCUAACACACAGCCACCACCCCAGCUCACUGAUGGGUCCCACUUCAUGUGUGUGUAACAGGAGUAGCAUCAGUAAUUGUGUGUAGGAUUGCCCCCCAGGCCCUGGCUUCCGUGAAGACCUACAGGUGAGAGAUGUGACACAGAGAGAUGAGGAGGCUCCUGUUUGCUGUAAAGAAGACCUCUACACAAGGACAUGAUACACCCAGCACAAAGUGUAGACCAAGAGAACUGUACCCGACAGACAGAUAGUUGGACCACGCCAUGCGCUGGGCCUUAUAUGCUGUCUGCUCAAUCUAUGCCUCACUGUGACAUCACAUCCUCCUGUGCCAUGGCGUCACUUCCUGUGAUGUCAUCACCCUUUGACGUCAUCACCACCACAACCUCCCCUCUCCCGCCCUUCCCCCAUGGGAUCACAACUUAGCAACAAAAACACAAUAAGACAUCGAUACUGUUGGUUGCUGUUAGAGUAGUUUCAUUGCCGUUAUUUAUAUUGUUUGGAGUUUGUUUGAAUAUGGCUGAUGUGUGUGUCAAGAAUAUAUGGACUGAACCCUGCUGUGAUGAGGAUGGCACACUGUUAUGCCAUUGAUUCUUUCAUAGUUUAAAAGUUCCAUUGUUCAGCAUUGUUUUAUUAACUCUUAUUGCAUUUCAGUUCAUAUUUUAGUUUGUAUUGAGUUUACAUUUUAGUUCAAUCCCAGAACACAAACCAUGUAUGUUUUAUGUGUAAAAGUAUAAAUAUAUAAGAAGAAAGAAAUAUACUUGAUUUAUAAUUCAAAGAAGGUGCCACUUUAUUCCUACUGCAGUUUAUUCCUACUUUUUUUCUGGUUGGGUGUAAUUAUAUUUAUAUGUCGGUUUUUCUGCCAUUCCCUGGCUGUUCCAAAUGGCACAAUAUUCCCUAUGAAGUGUACUAAUUUUGACCUUGGUCCUAUGGGGUCUAGUCAAAAGUAAUGCACUAUAUAGAGAAUAGGGUGACAUUUGGGACAAACACCCUGUCGCACUGUUGUUGCCGACUUGCACGAAUGUUUUGGCUUUAAAAAUAUUCUUUGUUUAGUUUUUCUAUUUCUGAGAAGAAAAGAGAAUGUAUGUUUUUACCAGACCCAUAUGGGUACUGGUCAAAAGAAGUACACUAUGUAGGGAAUAAGGUGCCAUUUCAGAUGCAUACACUUUUUUUUGGUCUACAAAAUGUAAUUACCAAGAAGUUAUGUGUAUAUACUGUACUAUGGUACACGGCACAGAUGGAUGAGAUGAGAGGAUGUAGGGUAUGCAAUGCAUUCGGGAAAAGUAUUCAGAACCCUUGACUUUUUCUACUUUUCCCACAUUUUGUUACGUUACAGCCUUAUUCUAAAAUGGAUUAAAUAGUUUUUACCCUCAAUCUACACACAAUACCCCAUAUUGACAAAGCAAAAAUAGGUUUUUAGAAAUGUUUGCAAAUGUAAAAAAAAGAAGGAAAUAUCACAUUUACAUAAGUAUUCAGACCCUUUACUCAGUACUUUGUUGAAGCACCUUUGGCAGCGAUUACAGUCUCGAGUCUUCUUGGGUAUGACGCUACAAGCUUGGCACACCUGUAUUUGGAGAGUUUCUCCCAUUCUUCUCUGCAGGUCCUCUCAAGCUCUGUCAUGUUGGAUGGGGAGCGUUGCUGCACAGCUAUUUUCAGGUCUCUCCAGAGAUGUUCGAUCGGGUUCAAGUCCGACCUCUGGCUGGGCCACUCAAGGACAUUCAGAGACUUGUCCCGAAGCCACUCCUGCGUUGUCUUGGCUGUGUGCUUCGGGCCGUUGUCCCGUUGGAAAGUGAACCUGGUCCUGAGUGCUCUGGAGCAGGUUUUCAUCAAGGAUCUCGCUGUACUUUGCUCCGUUCAUCUUUCCCUCGAGCAUGACUAGUCUUCCAGUCCCUGCCGCUGAAAAACAUCCCCACAGCAUGAUGCUGCCACCAUCGUGCUUCACUGUAGGGAUGGUGUAAGGUUUCCUCCAGACGUGACGCUUUUCAUUUAGGCCAAAGGGUUCAAUCUAGGUUUCAACAUCAGACUAAGAGUCCUUUAGGUGCCUUUUGGCAAACUCCAAGCGGGCUGUCAUGUGCCUUUUACUGAGGAGUGGCUUCCGUCUGGCCACUCUACCAUAAAGGCUUGAUUGGUGGAGCGCUGCAGAGAUGGUUGUCCUUCUGGAAGGUUCUCCCAUCUCCGAAGAGGAACUCUGGAGCUCUGUCAGAGUGACCAAUGGUUCUUGGUCACCUCCAUGACCAAGGCCCUUCUCCCCCGAUUGCUCAGUUUGGCCAUGCGGCCAACUCUAGGAAGGGUCUUGGAGGUUCCAAACUUCUUCCAUUUAAGAAUUAUGAAGGCCACUGUUCUUGGGGACCUUCAGUGCUGCAGAAAUGUUUUGGUACCCUGUCCCAGAUCUGUGCUUCGACACAAUCCUGUCUCGUAGCUCUACAGCCAAUUCCUUCGACUUCAUGGCUAGGUUUUUGCACUGACAUGCACUGUCAACUGUGGGAUCUUAUAUAGACAGGUGUGCGCCUUUCCAAAGCAUGCCCAAUCAACUGAAUUUACCACAGGUGGACUCCAAUCAAGUUGUAGAAACAUCUCAAGGAUGAUCAAUGGAAACAGGAUGCACCUGAGCUCAAUUCCGAGUCUCAUAUCAAAGGGUCUGAAUACUUAUGUAAGUAUGGUAUCUGUUUUUAUUUCUAAUACAUUUGCAAAAAGAAAUGGCAUGGUCAUUAUAGGGUAUUGUGUGUAGAUUGAUUAAAUAGAUUUUUUCAUUUUAGAAAAAGGGUGUGACGUAACAAAAUGUGGAAAAGGGGAAUGGGUUUGAAUCCUUUCCGAAUGCACAUCCAUAACAAGCUACAACGCUAUUAUUAGAGUCGGGAUAUGAACAUUUGCACAUGAUCUGUUUUAUAUAAUGUUAAAUGUUUCUGA